AAAUGACAGUAGGUUGUAAAACGUGUGCAUAUCCUGAAGAAAAUAAUUUUUAUAAUACUAUGAAUAAAUAAAGCUGUCAUAAAACAAAAUAUGGAUCUAGAUACCGAGAAAGUAAUAAAUCUUGUAUUCCCUGAUGGAAUACCAGAACCAUGGAAGGAAAAUUCAAACUUUGGUCAAUAUCUGUCAAAACUUGGUGGAUUUGAUGUUGAUCAAUUAAUUAAAGAACCCGAUCAUUUAUCGGAUGAGAGAAAAUCAGUAUUAGAAACUACUCAAGAAUUGGUAUUUGGAAAUUAUAAAACUUUUAUACAAACUGCGGAGAGUUCUAGAGAAAUAUUUAAGGAGUUUAAUGAGACCGAAAUACGUCUCGAUAGGCUGGUGCAAAAAAUUCCAGAAUUUGUGGAAAAGUGCCAAACGUUUUGUGAUACUUCUAAAGAUAUUAGUACACGUAGAAGAAUAAAUAGUUUAACAUUAACAAGAAAUGCUGAAUUACUUGAGGUAUUAGAGAUGCCACAAUUAAUGGAGUCUUGUUUAAGAAGCAAUCAAUAUAAUGAAGCGUUAGAACUUUCUCAAUAUGCGCGCCAGUUAGGGGCUAAGCAUGGCGAUAUUCCAAUUAUAGCGUCUAUAGUAGCAGAAAUUGAAAGUAGUUGGUCUGGAAUGGUCGGACAAGUUGUUGGAUCGCUUAGAGGAGAUUUGCCGCUUCCAAGAUGUUUGCAACUAGUAGGACUCUUACGUUCCAUGGAUGCUUUUACAGAACCUGAGCUUCGUAUAAAAUUUCUUCAAGCACGCGAUAGUUGGCUGCAAAGUCUUUUGAAUGCUAUUCCAAAAGAAGAUCCUAAUCUUCAUGUAACGAAAACUAUAGAAUUAUCUAGGAUACAUUUGUUUAAUAUUAUAACACAAUAUAGAGCUAUGUUCAACGAUGACGAACUGAUAAUGCCUGGUAGGGAUCCAAAUGUAAAUGAAUCAGCUAUAUUUUAUCAUUGGCUAGAUGAAAAGAUAACGCAGUUCCUUACAACAUUAGAACAAGAUUUACCAGGUGUAACAUCUAUAGAUUCCAUUUUGGGUCAGUGCACAUAUUUUGGUUUAUCAUUUGGUAGAGUAGGUGCUGAUUUUACAGGACGAAUGUCUGAUAUAUUUGUAAGAGUAAUAGGAGACCGAUUCGAAUUAGCUGUUAGAAGAACGACACGAAAAUUUGAAAAAGAUAUGGAGACAUUUACAUUAAUUAAUAAACCACAAAGAACUGAUAUUAAGUCUGAAACUACAACUAAAUCUGAAAUUCCACCAGAACAACUUGUAGAAUUUUAUCCAUUAGCAGAAUAUUGUAAUGGAUUAAUUUCUGCAUUUAAUGAACUUAGACUAUGUGCACCAGUCGCAGUAUCCACCAUGUGCACUAAACUUUUGCAAGAAUCACUCCACUCUGUAGCUAAAGCAAUGUUAAUUUUUUAUAAACAAGAACAACAGGCAUUUGCUGCUAUAGAGCGAGAUAAUAUGAUUAAAUUUGCAGAAUGCUUGAGUGAAUAUUUAAUUUCUUAUAUACAGUAUUGUAUACAUGCUAUCUUUCCACCAAAUCAAGUCUCAAAGCAUUUGGGAAUUUCAGAAAUCGUACUACAGCAAGAGGGCAUUACAUAUUUGGAUCAUAAAAGUAUAUUAGAACCUGUACUAUUUUUACUACCACCUACUGCAAGUUUAAAAGCUUCUAUUGUAUCUAAACUACCUUUGCCUACUACACAAAAUAUUCUAAACUCUGGUAAUAUUUCUACAAAUUCUGAAAAUUCGAAAAAUUCGGAAGAAGUUGUUGCUACAUCAAUCCAGAAAAUAGAAAUAAUUGAAACUAAAGAAACAAUAGAGAAUAAUAUGAAAGAUGAAAAAUCUAACAUCAAAGAUGAAGAAUCUACCGAAGGAGAUAUUAAACAAAUUUCAACGCAAUCAACAGAAAACAUUUUAACAUCUAUAAAUCCUAGUAGUUCUAAAUCAGAAUAAAUUAUUGUAAAUUUAAAAAAAGAAAUGAAUUAUGUGCUAUUUUGUGCUUGAAUAAUAUAAAUGAAAUAAAUCAUAUUUUUAUUUAUAUAUGUAUUAAACGAUACACAAGUAACUUUUCUUUUCAUACAUACUUCAAUUGGCAUGAUUGAAAAUAUAAUAAUUUGAUACAUGAUUCAAAGCAAGCAAAUAUAAAUUAGAAUUUAUAUUAUUUUUCCAAGUAUAACAAACAUAAAUUUCCUCGAU